AUGACCCCGGAAGAGAGUUCUAGAUUGAAGAGAAGUUAUGUACUUCAAGAACUUGUAGAAACAGAACGUGCUUAUGUAGUUGAUUUAGCUUCUAUAGUUGAUGGGUAUAUUGGAACACUUAAAGAAAUGGAAUUGAGUGAUGAGGAUAGAGAAAAAGUUAAAAUAAUAUUUGCAAAUAUUGAACAAAUAUUGGAUUUUCAUAAAUCUGUCUUUUGUAAAGAAAUUGAAAAAAGUUUACAAGAUUAUGAAGCAGCAGGAAAUGCUUUUAUUAAAUAUGAAAGGAGAUUGCACACAUUUUAUGUUAAAUAUUGUCAAAAUAAACCAAAAUCUGAUUUUUUGGUCAGUCAAGACAAUUUUGAACAAUUACUUUUUGAUGUAAAAGACAGGCUUGGACAUAAAGUGUCUAUUAAUGAUUUGCUUAUUAAACCUGUUCAGCGAAUUACAAAGUACCAAUUAAUGCUCAGUGAUAUUUUAAAAUACACGCAUCGUGCUAAUGACCGCGCAGAAGUGUUAGAACGUGCUCAUGAUGUUAUGAGGGUUGUGCCUAAAGCGUGUGAUGAUAUGAUGCAAGUGGGACGAUUGCAAGGCUUUCAAGGCAAUUUAACAGCUCAGGGGCGUUUAAUAUUUCAGGGCACUCUAAUAAUUUCUGAUGGAAAUAUAAACCAACCGUUUAAAGGAAAAGAGCGUCGAGUAUUUUUAUUUGAACAGUCUGUAAUUAUUGCUGAAUGUAUACCUCCUAGAAAAGAAUAUGGAAAUCCUUUGUAUAAUUUUAAAAAUCAAAUAAUGGUAAAUAAAAUGGUAUUAGAAGAAAAUGUUGUUGAUGAACCCUUACGUUUUGUUUUACAAAGUAACGACCCUAAUCAACCAGCCACUUUUGUGGCGCAGUCAGCUACUAGUGAAGAUAAAGAACAGUGGCUAAUUAAAUUGUCUACACAGUUAGACCAGCAAAAGACAUUUCUGGCUGCAUUAGUUGAUCCAAAGCGUUACUUGGCCAAUUCUAUGGGUUCAAUGAAUAUAAGCGGUAAAAAAGACAGUAGUGGAAGUUUGGGUACUCCAACAUCUCCAGGCAUUACUCCUGGAAAUAUUACAAUACCAACUAGUGGAAGUGGGAGUACAACAAGUAGUGGUGCAAUCUCCCCAACAAAACCUAGAGCUACACAACAAAAAUCUUCUGGGUCUAAACUUUUUGGAUUUGGUUAG